AUGACGGAACCGCCUGACUCUCAGGACUCAAAAAGGUCACUUUUCCAUGAAAUAGCAGGCGAGGGAGCUGGCAAGCGAAAGAAGCUUGCUUGUGUGGAGUGUCGACAACAAAAAUCGAAAUGUGAUGCUCACGAAAAGGCCCCUGGUCCAUGUACAAGAUGCCUCAAGAAAAAUAUCCCAUGUGUGCUCCAAAAGGAUUUCAGAAGAACUUAUAAAAGGUUCAGAAAUGAGGCAAUCGAGCAACGGUUCAAAGAGCUCACCAAAACAUUGGGCAAUUUGGAUGCAGAGGAAAUACUGAGGAAAAUCGAAUCAGAACAAGAACUUCUUUUAAACCAGACCAAUUUUACCAAGAGCAAACUAAAGAAGCUGCGUCAGGACCAUGACAGUCCUUUGGAAAAAUUGAAUGGCACCAGUGCCGACCCCGAUCUCGCAUCCCAAAACCAGCAUUUACAUUCGUGCACACCAAAGUCCCUGGGCGAAAUAUACAUGUCCGAACAGGACAUUAGCGAGGUAUACUCGGAGUUCGUCGCUAGAUACCAUCCUUUUUUGCCGGUUGUGGACAUAUCCAAAGGACCCGAGCGUAUUUACAGACUAUCACCUUGUUUAUUCUGGGUUAUAAUGCUAAUCGGACUUCGACGAAAAUUCAAGGCCACCGGAAUUAUGACAAAACUGUCAAAUCUGGUUAAAUCUAUACUCGCAGAAAUUACUAUGUCGCCUAUUAUCAGAUACGCGCCUGCGGAAAGCGAUGAGCCCGUUUUGAACGUGGCUUCCGUUUAUUCAGUACAGGCUUUUUUAUUGUACACGUUUUGGCCACCGCUGACAUCGUCUCUGAGCGCUGACACUUCGUGGAAUACCAUGGGGUCAGCCAUGUUCCAAGCCAUCCGUGUGGGACUGAACUGCGCAGAGUUUUCAACUGAGUAUGCGACAACCAACUCUGAACAAAUCCAGGAGCAGGUCAAAACCUGGAUUUGCUGCAAUAUAGUGUCACAAACAAUCGCUUCGUCCUUCGGGUUCCCAGCGUUUGUGUCCUUUGACCACACCGUGAUCAGCGCAUGUAAGACAUCGCUUCAGUCGUCCGCCAAUUCUAAAAGUAUAGAGGUUUCAGAAAGCAUAAAGCAAAUGAUGUACAUCGCGCACUUUGAGUAUCAGCUCACAAGGACGAUGAAUUCCAACCCGCUCAACGUCAUGGGGAUGGUGGAUGGUGAAGAAAAGCUCCCACUUUUGCGCGUCUUGGAACAGCAAUUGGGCGAACUGGAGAUCAGGCUCCGAGAGAGCAAACUAGACGACAUCAGAAAAUUUCUGCUUUUGGUCGCCAAAGUUCACUUAUUGACGUAUAUCUUCACUGGUGUCAUUCCUUUGGAAAGUUUGGCUGAAACCAACUCACUUGAAGUGACAGUUCGAGACACGGAAAUUAAUUUUGAAGCCAAACGUGGGUACGUCAAGGUUUACAAUGCGGCGAUCGAAUUACUCAUGCACACCACGUCUAUGUGCAAGUCGGAUCCGCAUAUUAUCAAGUAUUUUCCGGGAGUUUUCGUCCUCAACAUUUGGCAGACUGCAUGCAUCAUCAGUAAGCUCUCGCAUUCGUCCCUGAACUCAGUGCUGAACCUGGAGAAGGGCAAAAAGAUGUACCAAGAAGCUGUCACUCUGACAAACGAUGCCUCUGUGUUGAAAUAUGAUAUGGCUUAUAGGUCGUCAGGCAUCAUGAAAAGCAUUUGGAAAAUGUUCAGUAACAUGCACGACCAGUGGGAGAGCGAGCAACCAGAGACGUCGGAUACAUCAGAAACGUUGACGCAAUCCACAAAAGAUUUCAACCUUGACAUUACAAUCAAGUCCAGAAUGUCAGCUAGCGUUUUCUUCGAUUGCUUGUAUAAGCUUCGAGAAAGAUGUGGGAUGGCCAAGCUGAAAAGAGAGUUGCGAUCGGGCUCGGAAGAAAACGAGCUGGAAGAUGGAGUUUCAACCUACGACGGCUCACACAAAGGUGAGAAACGUGUUUCUUAUCACGAGAGUACUGAAGAUAACGCGCGGAAACUAAUAAAGACCAUUCCUCUGGAUCCUGAGCCCAUCAAUGCGCCCGCGACCGGCAGCAAUAGUCCGAAUCUGUCGAGUGCCGAGCCCUCAGACGUUGUGUCACUAAAGAGCAUUUUAAACAAAAGAGUUGGUCUAUUCCCAAGCCGAAUCCCAUUUGGCACCGGGGUCUCUCGAGAGCCGCUGGUUGGCACUUUGGACUUCACACCCGACCCUGAUAUCGACGGCAGGCUCUUCGAAACAACGCAGAAAAAUUCCAGAAACACGCCCGGGGCUCAAGAAACUGCCACUGUGUCAUCGUCAAAUCGUAGCGACUCGCCAGUCCCGCUGGAUCGCUGGGACAACUGGGAAUCUGACAGCGUAUGGAAAGACGUUGAUAUUUUGAUGAACGAAUUCGCAUUCAAUCCCACGGUGUAA